AUGUGCUUCUUCGUCCGACGAGUGCCCCUAGCAUCCUCCAUCGACGACGUGUGCGUGAGCUUCCCUCGAGAGUUGUCUCUCCUCGCUCCACUCCACUGCGAUGACAACUCAACCCCUGCUCAACCUUGCUCGCCGUCCGUCGAAUACUGGUCCGGCACCGGUGAACCUAUUGAUACCGCCGGAGCCACCGGAUUUGGCGCAUGA